GGGCUGGACAGGGCGGGCCCGGGCAGCGGCGGCGGUGCGGGAGCAGCGGCAGUUUAGGAUGGCGGGGCGGGCUCCUGUGCCCUCGUCCUGCGACUGCUUCGUGGCCCUGCCACCGCACACGGCGUCCCCUGCCGUCAUCUUCGGCAAGAACGCCGAUCGUCCCCGAGACGAGGUCCAGGAGAUCGUCUAUGUCCCUGCUGCCACCCACCGUCCUGGGGACAAAGUCCAGUGCACGUACCUGCAGAUCGAGCAGGCGGAGCACACGCACGCCGUGGUGCUGAGCCGCCCCGCCUGGCUCUGGGGUGCCGAGAUGGGCGCCAACGACUGUGGCGUCUGCGUGGGCAACGAGGGCGUGUGGAGCCGCGAGCCCCUGGGCGAGGGCGAGGCGCUGCUGGGCAUGGACCUGGUGAGGUUGGCUUUGGAGCGGGGCGGCUCGGCCCGGGAAGCCCUGGAGGUGAUCACGGCUCUGCUGGAGCGCUACGGCCAAGGCGGGAGCUGCAAGGAGGAGCCGGUGCCCUUCGUGUACCACAACACCUUCCUGCUGGCCGACCGCACCGAGGCCUGGGUCCUGGAGACGGCCGGGCGCUACUGGGCGGCCCAGCGCAUCCGCGAGGGCAGCCGCAACAUCUCCAACCAGCUGAGCAUCGGCAGCGACAUCACGGCCGAGCACCCGGGGCUGCGGGAGCGGGCGCGGAGCCAGGGCUGGUGGAGCGGGGAAGGAGAGUUCAGCUUCGCCCGGGUUUUCUCCCUGGAGAAGCAGCCCCCGCGCAUGGAGGCGGCCAAGGCGCGGUUCCACGCAGGGAAGGAGCUGCUGCAGCAGCACGCAGGUCACAUCACGGCCGAGACGCUGAUGUCCAUCCUGCGGGACAAGGCCAGCGGGAUCUGCGUGGACGCGGAGGGUUUCCGCACGGCCGGCAGCAUGGUGUCCGUGCUGCCCCGCGACCCCGCCCUGCCCUGCGUCCACUUCUUCACCGCCACCCCUGACCCCUCCAGGUCCGUCUUCAAGCCCUUCGUGUUCGUGGCUGGCAUCAAGCCGGCACCGCAGGUGAGGUCCCCGACCUUCCUGCAGGAUCCUGCCAAGCAGAUCCCGAGAUUCCAGAGCUCUGUGGAUCGGCGGCACGAGCUGUACCGCCGGCAUCAGGCGGCGCUGGAGCUCAUGGAGCAGGACCAGGAGCGGGGCCAGCAGCUCCUGGAGACGCUGCAGGAGCUGGAGAAGCAGGGCCUGGAGGGGAUGAGGGAGCUGCUGGAGGGCACCAUGACCCCUUGCCCCGAGGAGCUGGCCGACCUCUUCUUCGACUGCGUGGAGGCCGAGAUGAAGUUUUACACCUAA